AUGGGUGGCGUGGUCCCGCGCUCAGCCUCCGCGCUGCCGCUGCUGCUACUGCUGCUGCUCCAGGCGGAGCGGCCGCGGGGCGCCGAGCUCACCUUCGAGCUGCCGGACAACGCCAGGCAGUGCUUCCACGAGGAGGUGGAGCAGGGCGUGAAGUUCUCCCUAGACUACCAGGUCAUCACUGGAGGCCACUACGAUGUCGACUGCUUUGUGAAAGACCCCCUGGGGAACAUCAUCUACAGUGAAACCAAGAAACAGUAUGACAGCUUCACGCACAAGGCCGAGGUCAAGGGCGUGUAUCAGUUUUGCUUCAGUAAUGAGUUUUCCACCUUCUCUCACAAAACCGUCUACUUUGACUUUCAAGUGGGCGACGAGCCCCCCAUUCUCCCAGACAUGGGGAACAGAGUCACAGCUCUCACCCAGAUGGAGUCCGCCUGUGUGACCAUCCAUGAGGCCCUGAAGACAGUGAUCGACUCCCAGAAGCAUUACCGGCUCCGAGAGGCACAGGACCGGGCCCGCGCAGAAGACCUCAACAGCCGAGUCUCUUACUGGUCCAUCGGCGAGACCAUUGCCCUAUUUGUGGUCAGCUUCAGCCAGGUGCUGCUGCUAAAAAGCUUCUUCACAGAGAAACGGCCCAUCGGCAGGACGGUCCACUCCUAG